CGAGUGGAGUCGAACGACCGCCCGUAAAGAUAUAAAGAAAACCUCGCCCAUCGACCCCGGCAUCCACCGCUCCGGUUAAAGAGACCAAGGAGCUCCUCAUCGUCCCUGUUACCCCUCUUCUCUCCGGGAGAGCUCGCCCAUGGCUUCCGCGCCGAAGGAAGAGGAAACGAGGCUCCUUGCCUCUCGCCCGCCGUUGGAUUCCGACGAAUCCGACGAGGAGAGAGCCUACGACUCCGACGAGAAGAUCGCGAUCUCGAUCUCCGACGAGGACGAGUACGCCGCGGCGGAGGCGGCCGGUUCCGUACCCCCCUUCUCAUGGCGGAAGCUCUGGCGCUUCACCGGCCCCGGCUUCCUUAUGUGCAUUGCGUUCCUGGAUCCCGGGAACCUGGAGGGCGACCUCCAGUCCGGGGCGAUCGCGGGGUACUCCCUGCUGUGGUUGCUUCUCUGGGCGACGGUGAUGGGGUUACUGAUCCAGCUGCUAUCGGCCCGGCUGGGGGUGGCGACAGGGCGGCACCUGGCGGAGCUGUGCCGAGAGGAGUACCCGACGUGGGCGCGGGUGGCGCUCUGGUUAAUGGCUGAGCUCGCCCUCAUCGGAGCCGACAUCCAGGAGGUCAUUGGGAGCGCAAUCGCCAUCAAGAUACUCAGCGGCGGGUUUAUCCCUCUCUGGGGUGGGGUUAUUAUCACCGCUCUGGACUGUUUCAUAUUUCUGUUCCUUGAGAACUAUGGUGUGAGAAAAUUAGAAGCUUUCUUUGGGGUUCUUGUUGCAACAAUGGCUGUUUCCUUUGCUAUAAUGUUCGGUGAAACCAAGCCCAGUGGAAAAGAGCUUCUCAUUGGUGUUAUAGUCCCAAAAUUAAGUUCGAAAACCAUAAGGCAGGCUGUGGGUGUUGUAGGUUGUAUCAUCAUGCCCCACAAUGUGUUCUUGCAUUCUGCUCUGGUGCAGUCAAGAAAGAUUGAUACCAGCAAGAAGUCUCGUGUUCAAGAAGCAAUGAAUUAUUAUAGCAUAGAAUCAGCAAUUGCUCUUGCUGUUUCCUUUUUUAUCAAUAUCUGUGUUACUACUGUUUUUGCAAAAGGAUUUUAUGGUACUCAAGUAGCCAGUACCAUAGGCCUUGAGAAUGCUGGGCAGUUUUUGCAAGAGAAAUAUGGGGCCAUGUUGUUUCCUAUUCUUUAUAUCUGGGGAGUUGGUCUAUUAGCUUCUGGGCAGAGUAGCACAAUCACUGGCACUUAUGCUGGACAAUUUAUCAUGGGAGGCUUUCUCAAUCUUCGUUUGAAGAAAUGGGUUCGGUCAUUGAUUACUAGAAGCUUUGCAAUUGUGCCAACCAUCAUAGUUGCUUUAUUUUUUGAUACCGAGGAUGCUACUAUGGAUAUUCUGAAUGAGUCACUCAAUGUGCUUCAAUCCGUUCAAAUACCAUUUGCACUCAUUCCACUCCUUACUUUGGUCUCAAAGGAACAAGUUAUGGGAGCUUUCAGGAUUGGUCCUAUUACCAAAGUUGUAACCUGGAUUGUCGUGGCGUUUCUGAUAAUAAUCAAUGGUUACCUUUUGCUGGAUUUCUUCACUGCUGAAAUUCGUGGCGCGUUGCUUGAGUCUUUUGUUGGAGCUGCCUUGGUGGUAUAUGUGGCAUUUGUCAUUUAUCUCAUCUUGCGCGGUAGUGCUUUGUUUUCUCGGCUUGCCUUGGCUGCCCGGAAGAAUUUCUCAAGCUCCAGCAACUGAUCAAGAAAGGUUUAGUUCUGUCUUCACAAGAGAUGAUGUUAUGGUAAAGCUGCAUGAUUUAGGAGGGUUGCCACUCUUUUGGUUUUUUCUUGUUAUGCCAAUAAUUAGCCAUCUUGCACUCUUAUCAUCACGGCUGUGUCGUAUACAAGUAAGCCUACCGUAUGCCCUUGCCUGAAGAAACUGAUGCUGCUGUGAAGCAUGGAUAUUGCAUUCUAACAAGCUUCUGGGCUGUACAUUAGGCACCUCAAUAGGAAGGUUAUCUUUAGCAAUUCCUUUCCUGUUAGACUGUGCCAAUGUUGUUCAUGUCCAAUGAUACCAGGACGUUGUAUUCAUAGAUGGAAAAUGAUGUCAGAUCAAGUAGAAAGUAAACUCUCUGAUGUACGAUACGCAAAAAUUAAAAUGGCAGCAUAAAGGAGUGUUAGUAUGAUUAUAUUCUCAUUUCUUUUUCUCA